AUGGCCUACGAAACUCUCACCUUGACCGUUUUAUCGGUCCUCUUCGUUCUUUAUCGCUAUCUCAACCAGACAGAUAUACCAAAGAUCAAAGGACUCCCGGAAAUCCCCGGAGUUCCGAUCUUUGGUAGCCUGUUCCAACUCGGAGAUUGUCACGCAAAAGUUGCGGCCAAGUGGGCGAAGAAGUAUGGCCCUGUCUUCCAAGUUCGAAUGGGAAAUAAGAGGAUUGUUUUUGUCAACAGUUUCGAGUCAGUCAAACAGCUUUGGAUCAAGGACCAAUCUGCUCUCAUCUCUCGCCCGACUUUCCACACCUUUCACGAUGUUGUUUCAACUUCUCAGGGCUUCACCAUCGGUACCUCUCCCUGGGAUGAAUCGUGCAAGCGCAGACGCAAAGCUGCCGCAACAGCCCUCAACCGGCCCGCAGUGCAAUCUUAUAUGCCUAUCAUCGAUCUCGAGUCCACCGCAAGUAUCAAAGAACUCUUGAUGGAUAGCAAUGGUGGAACCAGAGAUAUCAACCCCAUUCCUUAUUUCCAACGGUUUGCUCUCAACACCAGCCUCACCCUAAACUAUGGGAUUCGAAUUGAGGGAAAUAUCGAUGAUGAAUUGCUCCGCGAAAUUGUUGCAGUGGAACGUGGUAUAUCCAAUUUCAGAAGCACGAGUAACAAUUGGCAAGACUAUGUUCCGCUGCUUCGGAUAUUCCCCAAGUUGAAUAAGGAGGCCGAGGAAUUCAGAGUGCGCAGAGAUCGGUACCUUACGCUUCUCUUGGAUAUGCUUAAGGAGAAGAUUGCGCAAGGGACUGAUAAACCGUGCAUUACGGGAAAUAUUCUGAAAGAUCCGGAGGCUAAACUCAAUGACGCUGAGAUUAAGUCGCUCUGCUUGACAAUGGUAUCGGCCGGCCUGGAUACUGUUCCAGGAAACCUCGUCAUGACAUUGGCGUAUCUGUCGUCCGAGGACGGUCAGAGAAUCCAGCGCAAAGCUUACGACGAGAUCAUGAAGGUCUAUCCUGAUAACGAUGCAUGGGAGAAAUGCCUUGUCGAGGAGAAAGUACCAUAUAUAACUGCCUUAGUAAAGGAAACCCUCCGGUAUUGGACUGUUAUUCCCAUCUGUCUCCCAAGGAAGAGCGUGAAGGAUAUCACAUGGGGCAACGCGGUCAUCCCGGCCGGUACCACCUUUUUCAUGAAUGCAUGGGCGGCAGACUAUGAUGAAGACCACUUCCAGGAACCCCACAAAUUCAUCCCAGAGCGCUACCUUGACAACCCAGAGAGCUCGGGGACGCCACAUUACGGCUAUGGAGCAGGUUCAAGAAUGUGUGCUGGAUCGCAUCUCGCGAACAGAGAGCUCUACACGGCCUUCAUCAGACUCAUCACGGCCUUUACAAUUCACCCGUCUAAGGAUCCCGCUGAUCGACCAAUUCUUGAUGCCCUUGAGUGCAAUGCAAUCCCCACUGCGUUGACCACGGAGCCUAAACCGUUCAAAGUUGGAUUCAAAGCCAGAGACCCAGCACUGCUGCAGCGGUGGAUUGCAGAAAGCGAGCAACGGACCAAGGAUCUCUGA